AUGGGACAUUACGUUAAUGGCUUCUACGUCUUUUCUCCGGUAUCAGCAGACGACCGUGCUGGUAUACUAUAUGUUGCGACAAUCCUGAGUUUGAUCUUCUCCGUGCUCACCCUCAUCGUGCGAUACCACAUCCAACGAAGGACCUUUGGACUCGAUUUCUGGUUCAUUUUCGCUGCGACGAUUGUUGCAUUAGGUCAAUAUGCAGCUAUAUUCGUAGGGCUGGACAACUAUGCUUUGGGCAGGGCUGUCCAUCUCAUGUCCAAGAGUGAUCAACUCAAUGCAGCGAGGUCCGCUAUUGCAAGCAAUUGCCUUUUCCUCAUCGCAAACGCUCUCUCAAAAUGUUCAGUCAUCUUCUUCAUGAAGCGCCUCUUCUCCACCGACAACAGGACCGCACGAACCCUCUGUAACAGCUUACUAGCUCUGGUCGCCGUGUGGGUAGUAGCCUCUAUACUAGGCCUCAGCAUCACCUGCGGCCCAGCCACCAAACUCGCCCAACAUCGAUGCGAUGGACAGAUCGCGCGAUGGAGCGUCGUCGCAACCUUUGACUCGCUCUUCGAAAUCGCCAUUUUCCUCCUCUCAAUCAUCCUCGUCGUUCCCUUGCAAAUGACCUCCGAGAUUAAGAUUUCCGUAAUCUUCGCAUUCUGCUUCCGCCUCAUCGUCGCCGUAUUCGCCAUCAUACACGUCUACUACAUCGCUCAAUGGAGCACUUCCUCCGACCCUAGCAUCGCAGCAGUCUACUCAUUACUCUGGCAACAAGUAGAAUUGGGAUACGCACUCAUGGCCGCCACAAUACCAACAUUACGAUCCUUUGUCAGAGGAUACGAAAAAGCAAUGGGUUGGGAAAGCAGCUACUACAUCCGCAACACCGCUUCUCGCACCACUGGCACCUACGCAAUGAGCACGAUGAACAAAUCGCGACAUGAAGAGGAAGGAGGAGGAGGCCAGGUUAUCGGCUUGCACAGAAUGGAAACGAACGACACGCAACCCCUGCGUCCGGAUCGCCAAGGCUACAAAGCUAGCAUCUAUGGUGGAGGACAAGGAGCACUGGGCAGUGAGGUUUCGGAUGCGAAUAUGCCGAGGAGAACAAAGAGUAGUGGGAGUAACGAUAGUCAGGAACCGAUCAUCCGCAAAGAUGUAGAGAUACAGGUUUCCUCCGAGGCAGCGAUAUAG